AACCUGAAGAAUGGUGUAUUUAUAACAGCAAUAGACCUGUUUGUCUCAAUCACCGUCCGCCAUCAGCUUCUAGUACUGUACCUGUUACCCUACAUUGUUCGAUUUUUGGCACAUUUGAAGAUCUCUGUGAGGAAGAUCCAAAACGCGAGGACAACCUUUUCACCUAUAAUUUUUGUCGUGAAAUGGCUAGAUUUUAUACCAAUGAAGCAGAGCGUCAAAAUAAUGCAAAUAGUUUAUUGUCGAAAUAUCUUGAUUGCAAAGUAGAACCAGUUAUGCUUGAGAGAAAUCGAAGUACUGAUGGCACGGUCUCUACUAACGAUUUAUAUCGUAAAAUCAACAUUGAAUACAAAAAAGAGACAUGUUCGACCAAUUCCUGUGCUCAUCUCGAAAACUGUGGAUACUAUUUGUCAUUUUGCAAGAGCCAGAAAAACGUUAAUACUAAUAUGCCAUGUUUCUUGAUUAAUAUUGCAGGGCUCACCUUCACUGUAUACAGUGCUGUGCUUUCAGAUACUGCCAUAGUGGAUCCUCUUACCCCGAUCUACUACCUUUUUUGGCUCAAGAAUAAUGAAAAGAUGAUGUUGUCACUUUCCAGAGCAUUUCGUGCUUUGAGGUUAUCUCUUCAAGAACUAGACAA